CCCGGGCUGGCGGCCCAGAGCCGAGCCGAGCGUGCCCGCGUGUGUCCGUGCGUGUCCACGAGGAUGCGUGUUCGCGGGUGUGCGCUGCGUUCACAGGUGUUUCUGUGGCAGGUGAAUGACGGGCGUGGGUCCGUGCGCGCUCGGCUUGUGCACACGGUAUCUGUAAGUGCGCGGGUGACAGGGGUCGGGAUGUGCCGGAGACCCCGGGCAGAGAGCGGGAUUACCAGUACAGGGAUCCCCGGUCACGCUCCCCGCCCCUGGAAACCCAGCUGGGGCGAGGGAGGGCGUGGACCGGACUGCUCUGAGAGCUCGCCUUUGGCUGCGGUUGGCUGCAGGCCCCAGGCGCAGUUUGCUCGCGUCCUGGGGAUGAAGUCCGUGUCCCUGGAGGGGCCCAGGAGGGGCGAGGAAAGCGGAGUGGAGUAAAUUCGUCUAGGAUCGGUCCUAGGCGGCUCUCGGAUCCAACUGGCGCCGCCCUGGCCCAGGUCCCAGGUUCAGGUCCUCUACGCCACUGUGUCCACCACCUGGCUGGGCACUGAGGUCAGCGCGGGCUGUUUCCCGGCCCUUGGGAAUGUGCCAGGACACGUCCCCUAAGGACAAGCGAGGAGGUGACUCAUUGUGACAAGGAGACCCCAGGGAACGGACUGUAUGAGGCGCCAUGUCAGAACAGGCUGGCAGUGUCCGUCCGAACCCAUGCGGCAGCAAGGCCUGCCGCCGCCUCUUCGGCCCAGUGGACAGCGAGCAGCUGAGCCGCGACUGUGAUGCACUAAUGGCGGGCUGUAUCCAGGAGGCCCGUGAGCGAUGGAACUUCGACUUUGUCACCGAGACACCACUGGAGGGUGACUUCGCCUGGGAGCGUGUGCGGGGCCUUGGCCUGCCCAAGCUCUACCUUCCCACAGGGCCCCGGCGGGGCCGAGAUGAGUUGGGAGGAGGCAGGCGGCCUGGCACCUCGCCUGCUCUGCUGCAGGGCACAGCAGAGGAAGACCAUGUGGACCUGUCGCUAUCUUGUACCCUUGUGCCUCGCUCAGGGGAGCAGCCUGAAGAGUCCCCAGGUGGACCUGGAGACUCUCAGGGUCGAAAACGGCGGCAGACCAGCAUGACAGAUUUCUACCACUCCAAACGCCGGCUGAUCUUCUCCAAGAGGAAGCCCUAAUCAGCCCACAGGAGGCCUGCAGUCCUGGAAGCGCGAGGACCUCAAAGGCCCUCUCUACAUCUUCUGCCUUAGUCUUUAAGUUUGUGUGUCUUAAUUAUUAUUUGUGUUUUAAUUUAAACACCUCCUCAUGUACAUACCCUGGCUGCCCCCUGCCCCCCAGCCUCUGGCCUUAGAAUUAUUUAAACAAAAACUAAGCAGUUGAAUGAGAGGUUCCUAAGAGUGCUGGGCAUUUUUAUUUUAUGAAAUACUAUUUAAAGCCUCCUCAUCCCAUGUUCUCCAUUUCCUCUCUCCUGGAGGUCGGGUGGGCCGGCUUCAUGCCAGCUACUUCCUCCUCCCCACUCGUCCGCUGGGUGGUACCCUCUGGAGGGGUGUGGCUCCCUCCCCUCGUUGUCACAGGGGGUUAUGAAAUUCACCCCCUUUCCUGGACACUCAGAACUGAAUUCUUUUUAAUUUGAGAAGUAAACAGAUGGCACUUUGAAGGGGCCUCACUGAGUGGGGGCAUCAUCAAAAACUUUGGAGUCCCCUCACCUCCUCUAAGGUUGGGCAGGGUGACCCUCAAGUGAGCACAGCCUAGGGCUGAGCUGGGGACUUGGUACCCUCCUGGCUCUUGAUACCUCCCUCUGUCUUUUGAAGGCAAGGGGAAGGUGGGGUCCUGGAGCAGACCACCUCGCCUGCCCUCAUGGCCCCUCUGACCUGCACUUGGGAGCCCGUCUCAGUGUUGGACCUUUUCCCUCUUUGGCUCCCCCUGUAACUUUUGAGGAGCCCCAGCUACCCUUCUUCUCCAGCUGGACUCUGCAGUUCCCCUCUGCUGCUCUCCCUCCCUCUUGUCCUUUUCCUCCAGUACCCUCUCAGCUCCAGGUGGUUCUGAGGUGCCCGUCCCACCCCCAUCCCCAGCUCAAUGGACUGGAAGGGGAAGGGACACACAAGAAGGGCGCCCUAGUUCUACCUCAGGCAGCUCAAGCAGCGACUCCCCCUCCUCUUUUAGCUCUGGGAUGAGGGUCCUGUGUGGUGGCACAGGCCCCCUUGAGUGGGGUUAUCUCUGUGUUAGGGGUGUAUGCCAUCAUACACCCCAUGGGAGUAGAUCGUUCUAGGAGGGAGACACUGGCCCUUCAAAUCGUCCAGCGACCUUCCUCAUCCACCCCAUCCCUCCCCAGUUCAUUGCACUUUGAUUAGCAGCUGAACAAGGAGUCAGACAUUUUAAGAUGGUGGCAGUAGAGGCUGUAGACAGGGCAUGUCACGUGGGCUCCUAUGGGGCUGGGAGUGGUUGUCUUUCCUGGCACUAACGUUGAGUCCCUGGAGGCACUGAAGUGCUUAGUGCACUUGGGGUGUUGGGGUCUGACCCCAAACACCUUCCAGCUCCUGUAACAUACUGGCCUGGACUGUUUUCUCUCAAUUCCCCAUGUGUCCUGGUUCCCCUGUCUCUCCACCUAGACUGUAAACCUCUUGAGGGCAGGGACCACACCCUGUACUGUUCUGUGUCUUUCACAGCUCCCCACAGUGCUGAAUAUACAGCAGGUGCUCAAUAAAUGAUUCUUAGUGACUUUACUUGUAA